CUUCCUUUUCAAAGUGACAAAAUGUUAUUUUCGAAAAACUUAUUCCUGUUGCCGGCAAUCACACUUCUGCUGCUAGCUGGAGUUGCUGCCCAAACAACAACUUCAGAAUCUUACGAGCUUUCAAAGGACGACAUGACCUACGGAGAUUAUGAGACCACAGAAGAUAGGUCCGGGCAGCUAAUCGUCAGUCACGACACACCCUUUUCUCCGCAGCGCAAAUACAUUGUCACCCUGAUCAAGCUGAACUGGUUUGCAGCUUAUGCUUUCUGCGAGCAAAAUGGUUGGUCGCUGGUCAGCAUUGAAUCUACAGCGGAGCAAUUUCAAGUGCAAAAUUAUAUAAAUUACUUUAAUCUGGAGAGCAGCGAUUUCUGGACUUCUGGCAAUAAGUUAGCUGACUUACAGAACUUCCGUUGGGGUUACAAUGGUUCCAAAUUUAGUUAUACGAACUGGGCAAUGGGUGAACCCAAUAAUUUUAUGGGCGGUCAGCAUUGUGUGAAAUUACUGGAGAACUCUUUGAAGUGGGAUGAUGAUUUCUGCGAGAAUAGUCAUCAUUUCAUUUGUCAAAUGGAUAGGUAUCCAACCACCAAUAUGGGGCCGUCAUAGGAAUGGACAUUUGUGUGAAGCACUAGAGUGCUUCGGAAAUCUUUUCAGAGAAGUCGUUUUUCCAAAAAUUUUUAAAAUUACUAGACUUCUUGCAAGCUUGGAAUAUAUACAUAAAUACUAGUUGA